ACCUCAUCCCCCCAGGGCAUCGUAUUCUGUUCUAACGUCAGAAAAGGUAAAAGAUGCCCUGGGUACGACGGUGUAAGCGAGUCGUUUUGAAAGUUGAACAAACAAGACACGGGUAAACAUCGUAAAUGGUGGAGGAAGUUGUUGGGAACUGAUUGUGCAGGUUAGAAAUUAAGUUUGUUAUGGAAGCAGAAGAAUCAGAAACAUCUUUACUUAAGAAGAAAAAUAAAGAGGCAAAGAAAUUAAACGCUGCAAGAGAAAGAACUCAUGCAAGAUUUGAAGCUCUCUUAAAUGUUGGGUCUGGCAGUGAAGACAUCUCGGAGGCAAGUCCAAAAAGAUCCAAAAAAAAGGAAAGAACUAGAACUGCUGAUGCUGCUUUGGUAAAGCCAAAACGAAAUUCUCUCACAAAAAAACGUUCACGAUCACAAGAAAAUUUGCUUAAAACGGAGAAUGACACAGACAUAUCUAGUGCAGCAGAUGUGACACGAAAAAUGUCAAGAAAACAGAGAGAUAUUCAAAAUAACGAGACAUCAACAAUAACCAAUAAGAAGAAAAAAAGAGCAAAGCAAGCAGUUUCAUCAGGAGGCACUGCAGAUGGUACAGAAAAUGACGCAUAUGAAGACCAAAGUCUUGCUGACUCUGCAACAGUUAAUACAGCUGAUGACGAAAUGUCACAGGUUAAGAACGAUAUGGCCAAUUUGGCCAAAAAGAAAAUGCGAAAGAAAAAGAGACAACAAAAAAUGUCAACAGCUGAUAGAAUCAUUCAUGCAUUGGAAAAGAAGCAUUACGAUGAUGGCUUACUGUUGUGCAUUAUCAUUCACAAAGCUGACCAACUGAGACCAGAUUCACGUGUGCACCAUCCUGUUAUUAGAGUUCACGUUGUCAAUAUGGAAACUGGUCAAUACAUCAAGAAAACAAGCAGCACACGUAACGUGACAUCGAUAUUUGAAAGCAAAAAUGAAAAGGUUGAUUACGUUUUACCAAUGAUGACAAAACCGUUUGACUUCAUGAAAAACAGGUCAUUUACACCUUACUGGGACGAAACUCUCAUUUACAAUGAUGUGUAUUCGUACUUCCUGCAACGAGAAGAGCACGAUCCACCUGUGAUAGUAUUCUUUGAGCUUUUGGAUUUUAUGCAAAUGAAUUUAAAACGCAAAGAAUUUGUAAAGACUGAUAAAGGAUGGUAUCGAAUUGCAUGGGCUUUUUUAAAGCUCGUUAGCCCAACAGGCAGUACAAAUACUGAUAAAAAAUGCAGGCUACAGUUUUACCAACCUGUUACAAGAGUAAGAGUUCAAAAAGAAGACAAUGCAGCUAUUGAGAUAUUUCAAUGGUGGAAAUAUGGAACACGUGUGAAAUACUCCUCCACGCUUUAUGUGACAGUGAAAGGUGUUCUACCACCACAAGAUAUGAAUCCUGCAACCAGAUCAAUGUUUCCCUUGCAAGAGGAACGUGGUGAUAUGACAUUUGAAGAGUUAAACAAAUCUUUGGAGGCACCGGUCAGCAGUGAUCACGAAAGCACUAAUCAGAUGUGGACGAAAUUACCAGGCCAAGUUAAUCGUAUUCCAAACAAAAUGGAAGCUGCUCUGCCAACUGCCAAAAAGGGUUGUUCGACUGUUCGAUUUUCAAAUGAUGGAAGGUAUCUUGCCUGUGCUUGUUCAACAAAUGAAGCCUUUUCCAUUCUGAUCUACGAGUUUCCUGAUGGAAAAUUACUGUGUUCAUUUACCAGUCAUUUUGGUCUUGUGUACGAUUUGUGUUGGUCAAUGAAUGGUAAAGAAUUGUUAUCAGCAUCUGCAGAUAGUACUGUCAGAUGCUGGGAUACUAAAAGGUUUUCGACUGCAGCUAUCAAAGUUUUUCCUCAUCCCUCUUAUGUUUACACGUGUAAAUAUCAUUUAAAACACCAAGCACUUGUUUUGACGGGUAGCUAUGACCGCACCAUACGAAUCUGGAACAAAAUAUCUGACAGUGUCCAUGGAAUAUUGUUGAGAGAGUUAUCUGGCCAUAGAGGUUACGUUAAUACGAUGGCGUUGUCACCGGACGGAACACGAUUUUUCUCCGGAGAUAGUGCUGGCCUGGUAAUAGAAUGGAGCUGCUUCACAGAGAAAAAGAAACGAAGUGAAAUUAGUGAAGUUGUGAAUAGAUGGAAAAAUGUGAAGAAUAUCGAAUUGGAAGAACUAAAGGGUACGGCUAUCAGUACGCUUCUUGUCCAUUCUGGACAAAUGAAGUUGUUAAUACAUAGUAAAGAUUCGUUGAUCAGGAUGUUUGAUUUAAGAAGUUAUGGAGUAUUGAAGACGUAUGUUGGUGGUGUGAACUUCAAAGAACAUAUCCACGCAUGUUUUUCAGUUUGUGGUACCUUCAUAUUUUGCGGAACGGAAAAUGGUUUUGUACAUGUAUGGAACACUGAGACAGGUGACCAUGUAUUUACAUACAAAGAUUUAAACAUCAUCAAAGCUGUGGCAGAUAUUCAUUUUCAUCCGCAUGAUAAUUUCAUUGCAUUCUGUUGCUAUGGUAAUGGAGAACCGGUGGUUAUUUACUCAUAUGAUCCAAAAGUUCAUCUGGAUUUAAAAUCUCCUACUAUAAAAUCCACAGAUGCGAAAUCGUUUGACACACAGAAAAGUCUUGAAGAAACAACAGAACUUUACAAUAGUAUGAGAAUGUCAUCCACAAUUACAAACGAUGCGAAGAGAAUGGAAAGAGUUCAGAAGAAACUACAAUCUGUAACAACAAGAUCGAUGGAUGAUUUAACGACGACAGCGACGAAAAACCGUGUCACCUUUCGUGAUUUGUCGCCGUUAUCGCAUGAAGCAUCGCCUCGUGUUGAUCCCAAACAAACCAUGUUGUCCACAUGGGGUUCUGAUUUCACCUACACUGCGCCGUUAUCGCCUGCUUUGAUACCAAACUCUCCUCACUCGCAGCAACAUUUAGGUGCGUCUGGAAGAUUUUUUGGAAGGUCCUCAAGUAUUCCAAGUUCUCCUCUUCCAACGUAUGAUCAUAGUCAAAGUAUUAAUAUGCGUCUGCAGGAUGAAACUCUGACUUAUUCACAAUUGCGAAGCUCGACCAAACCUGUAUUUACUUUCAACCAACCUCAAAAAAUUAAAUCGUCUCCAUCACUGGAAAAGAAAAAGGUCGUUUCUUUAUACGAGUACAAACCAAACCGGGCGGACGAGCUUGCUCUUCAACCGAAUGAUUUGAUCACUGUGUUAUACGAAGAUAACGAGAAUUGGUGGAUGGGGCAGUUACAAGAUGGAAGACAAGGUUACUUCCCUGUCAAUUAUGUCAUGGAAGCAGAUGAAUCGUAUAGCAAGAAAUCAUCUCUACCUACAAAGAAGAAAAAUGUCACUCAUUCUGCAGCCGUAGACAAACAUGGUGAUUUCAAAAUAAUAUCCGGUACGGAGAGUGACACGGCAGUUGAUGUGAAAAGAGCUCGAAAGAAGCGCCAUCAAAGACGCGAAGCAAAUAAGAAGGAAGAAGACGGAAACGAGAGUGUUUGUUAGGGGAAGCUACUGCAUUGCUCUGCUCAAAUGCAAUGGUUUCCGCCGUAAUGAAUUUGUUUCCACUGUCAACAGUUUGCUGUUUGAUUGGUUGCUUUCCAUCUUUAUGAUAGGCAACAUAAAGCAUUGGAAUGAAAAUUUUGCAGUUUUCAGGAAACUGGGCAACUAAUAAGCCUAAGUUUUCCAAUAUUUGUGAUGUUUGUGGUGAUAGCUGAAUGUUCAGCCCUCUUCUUGUUUAAAAAAGAUCAAAUUUUAUUUAUGUUUUAGUUUAGUUUGACCACAGUGAGCCUUCCUAUGCUUGGGUUUUAUAUUAUAGAAUUUUUUUUUUUUUUUUUUUUUUUUUUUUUUUAUAUAUAUAUAUAUAUAUAUAUAUAUAGUCCUUAUUAUGCAAUAAGUGCUGGCUGCUACGGUUUCAAUGAGCUGUUUAUUUCAACACAGCCAACGUUUUAUCUCUAACAAAGUCUUUCAGAGUCGAAUGAGACCUUCCGCUGAUAUACAACUAUAGCCUAUGCCUUUCCUCUAUUUAAUCUAUCAACAACCAUUUAACAAAACCUAAAUCUACAACUCUUAUUGAAACCUAGAUCUCCAUGCUUCUUGUAUCAUUUUUGUUCUAAACUUUUUAUUCUUAUUGUUGUUAUUAUUAUGUUAUUAUAGGGAUAAGAACCAUUGUAUAAUGGAACCCGAAUAAAUGUCAAAAAAAAAAAAAAAAAAAAAUAUUUAUUAGUCCGAGUUAUAAAUUCGAGACAUUGCAAAUGAUUCUGUAAUCGUUAAAAAUAAACUCGACUGCACUUUGUUUUAAACUUUAAGAAAACUUCCAAGCAUAAGGAGGCGUGUAUGUGCCAACACAGAUUAAACAUUGACCGCAUUGUUGUGAUGUCGAUGUUGUUAUGCUAAAUACGUAUUUUGAAAGUACCUACAACACUUUAGACAAGCAUUUCUUUUCACAACAUGAAAAUUUCUGACGCAAAAUUUAAACAUUGUUUUGUUAAUAGAAUAUUUAUUUUUAAAAAAAUUGUGCACUUGUAAAUA